UUCAUUAUGACCGUGAUAUUUUUGUGAAUUUGAAGGUCAUAGUGCAUGCAUCCAAAAGAUGGCUCUGAAGAAGCUACGUUUGCUGGCUGCAGUGGCCGUUCUGUUUUGCGUGUACGCUGUAGGACAGUUACUGUACGUUCUCUUCGCGCUCCUCAGAAACCCACGCAAAGCGCUGAAAAGGACAGCUAGAGACAUUCCUCCAGCAUGUCUGUUGGACCCUGCUCUGGGCUCCCACGAGUACGUGACAGCCAAUGGACUAAAGUUCCACUGUGUCUGCGCAGGAGACACGUCCAAACCUCUCAUGUUGCUGCUUCACGGCUUCCCCGAGGUCACCUCUCUCACUCCUCACAUCUCACACUCCUCACACAUUCACUUUUUCGUUAUAUAGUUCUGGUUUUCGUG